CAAACACCAAACACGGCCUUGCGAAUGCCAACCCUUCUCUCUAAAACCCUAAACCCUACAUCAAACCAUCAAUGGUGAGUGCUUCCAUAUCAGCAACCCCCACUUCUACAGGCUUCCAUUGACAUCUCCUCUCACCGCCAAUCAUCCCUUGCUACAACCGCCGUGCUGCUCUCUCUCUCUCCCAAGUACAAAAAUUCACGUUUUCCCCGCCAGACAGAGACCGAUGGCUAAUAAGGUUCCGAUUUGGGAGUUACCGGACGUGCCGAAGGGCGAGCUUCCUCCGCACCUCCAUCUCCAGCGAACUCGCGUCUUCUGCAACUCCGAUGCUCCUACUCAUACGGACAACAUACAAUACUCUGGCGCUUAUGCGGCCAUGGGAGUUGAUAACAGCUUGAGGUUGGACCAAUUCCGCAAUGGCUUUAGAGUAGAAGUGAUUCGGCUUACCGAGGACGAAAUGGAGGUCGAUUUGAUUGGUAUUGACGCUGCGCUCGCUAACGCAUUUAGGAGGAUUCUCAUAGCCGAGCUUCCCACAAUGGCUAUUGAAAAGGUUCUUAUUGCAAAUAAUACAUCUGUAGUCCAAGAUGAAGUGCUUGCACAUAGAUUGGGUCUCAUCCCAAUCAAGGUUGAUCCACGUCUGUUUGAUUAUAUGUCAGAAAGUGAUGUGCCUAAUGAAAAAAACACCAUUGUUUUCAAAGUCCACAUCCGUUGUGAACGAGGUGGCCCACGUCUUAAAGUAAAAUCAGAAGAUUUGAAAUGGCUACCAAAUGGGAGUGAGUUUCCAUUGGCCACAGAAAAUCCAACUUCAACUUCAUCCUCAAAACCAAAGACCUACACUUCAUUCACUUGCAGACAAGAUUCCUUGCCAGAAUUUUCAAAAAAUCCAAUUGCCACAUGUCCGGACAUCCUUAUAGAUUUACUUGGACCAGGCCAGGAAAUUGAGCUGGAAGCACAUGCUGUUAAAGGCAUGGGUAAAACACAUGCAAAGUGGUCCCCUGUGGCGACUGCAUGGUAUAGGAUGCUCCCUGAGAUUGUAUUGUUGCAGGAAGUUGAAAAUAAGAAGGCAGAAGAACUUGUUAAGAAGUGCCCUGUCAAUGUAUUUGACAUUGAAGAUAUUGGUAAAGGUAAGAGGAGGGCAACUGUGGCUCGACCACGAGCUUGUACACUUUGUAGGGAAUGCAUUCGCGGGGAUGAAUGGGACAAGUAUGUUGCAGUACGUCGUGUGAAAGAUCAUUUCAUCUUUACCAUAGAGGCGACGGGAGCAUUACCCCCCCAAGUGCUGUUCACUGAAGCUGUAAAGAUUUUGGAAGACAAGUGUGAGCGUGUGAUAACCGAGCUCUCGUGAUGUUUUUGUCUCAAGUUAAAUGUCAAAUGCCUACUGCGGAAUGACUGUCACAAAGCAAGGAUUUGCUAAUAUAUAUGCAUUUUUUUUGUCUUGAUUAUGGAUUCUCUCUCUCUCUCUCUCUCUCUCUUAAUUUAAAUUUAUUAAAUUAUUUGCUAAA